AUGCUGAGAUCGUCGGUGCCCGUGCAGCUGACAAAACUGCGAAACAGCGCCGAGGCCGUGGCGUCCAUUGCCCGCGAAAAGGGAUCCCACGGUGGCCAAGGACAAAAGCAACAGGUGGACAAAGAGCUAUCCACCAUCAUGGAUGACUUGCAGCGGGAUUACGGGGAUUACAAGUACACGGUAUACCGAUGCGCCAGUAAAUUUGUGGCGCUGCAAAAGAUAUUUCACACCGGAAAAAUCCCCUACAAGCUGGUUUUGGCCAUUUUGGAUCGCCAUAACUUGAGUGGCGGCCUGGAGCUGAUGGUUCCUCCAUUCCAGUUGACCUCCCUGCUCCACGAUGUAUACUUUGCCUGCGAGAAACUGGGCCAUUUCAACCAGGAUGCGAACUAUAAACUGGACAGGGCAACCGGGCUGCUGGCCAACUUCUUCUGGAAUGUCUACGAUCCGCAACGCAGACACUCCAUAUCCCUGCUAGAGAUCAGGAUCACCUUCAUACUGCUGUGCAAGCUAUAUAGCAGCGAUCACCUGGUGGGCGACAUCUUUGGCCUGCUGGCCGAUCCCAAGUCGCAGAUCAUCUCCAGAUAUGCAUUCGAACAGCUCCUGGCCACGCUGAGCAAGUUACUCAGCUAUUUGGGCGAGGCCAAGGCCUAUGGCGUCCACAAUCUUCCGCUGGCCAUGGAGCAGUGCUUUGCUCGCUGUCCGCAUGGCGUUGGCGGACUGACCGAGCCGCAGUUCCACAAACUCUGGACGGGAGCGGGCGUCCAGACGAGAUUCCUGAUCUAUGGCAAUCUGCUGGCACUGGUGAAACGCAUCGAGGACACCGAGCAUUUGAUUCACAGCAAUUCUUGUGCCGGCUGCCGCAAGGAGCACAUUGUGGGCAUACGUUUCCGGUGUCAGGUGUGUAGGGAUAUAUCAUUGUGCCUGCCCUGCUUUGCGGUGGGCUUCGCUGGUGGUCGCCACGAGCCGGGUCAUCGCAUGUGCGAGGUGUUCGUGGAGGAUCAGCCGCCAUUGCGUUGGACCCGCCAUCUGGCCAGGCUGUGCGGCUGGCUGGUGAUGCCGCGCAAGACACAGGAGGAGGAGCGUCGCGGCUUCUGCAAUGCGCAGGAGAGUGGGCCCGCCUUGGGUCAAUCCGCUGCCACGCCCAUUCCCGCGGAGACGCGCAGUGUGCGCAGUCAGUGCCAGGAGAAGGACCGCACAGUAGUCCUGCAGCAACAGCAGCAGGAGCUCUGCUCCCUGACAGGGCUAGCCAGCGUGGCGUCCAGCCGGCUGCAGUCCAUCAUCGAUCGAUUGCUUUUGCAAAAUGCGAAGCUGGAAACCCAGCUGCAAACAGUGGCCACCGCAUCUAGUUCGGAAAUAUCGCAGUUUCUGAGCGCCCAUCAGUGCUUCCUGCUGCAGAUCAUCGAGGAUAUGCGACAGCUAUCACAUGCCUCUGCGGUAACUUCGCCGCCACCUGCGCCAGCUGCUCAAGUGGCGCCUUCAGCUGCGCCCCUAGUCAGCUCCACUUUCCUUAGCUCCAGCACGCCUCAGCGGCAGAUGCUAUUCGACAUGUAUGCGCCCGUGGGUGCCAAUCUCACGCACUCCAUAAAUGGCGCCGACUUGAAUCGCAGCUAUCUGGAGGCAAACAAAUCGGAUUACUCGCUGAACGACAUUAGCUUGUGGUUCGACCAGCGUCGCUCGAGUGUCCAGCCAGGACAAGGACCUGGAUCCCUGCCGGCUCCUCUGCCGCUGCCCAUGCCGCUGGGUGCUCUGCUGGAACAGCAACCGGCAAACGGCGGCGAUAGCCGCGACACCGAGAUGGUGAACUUCAAGCUGCUGCUGCACAAGGUCAAGGAGAUCGUCGAGGACUCGUACAGCGACAAUGCCGAAUUGUCGGCGGCCACGCAAAAUCUGGAGAACGUUCUCGAUAGCAUCAUCAAGAGCGAGGAGCAGCAGCGGCGCAUCAGCACGUGAGGAUGCGGAUGCCACAAUGCCCAACUCCUAUCGAUUCCAGCCAGACCAAGUCCACUUAGCUUUAAGUUGUAAAGUUUAAAAGUAAUCGUGACACAAUGACACAGCGAGUCAUGCAUUUAUUAUAACCUUUUUCCUAUU